CUUGCAGCAACAGUCCCACACAGCUCCAGGCGGCCGGUGUGGCAGGAUGGAAAUGAGUGUGUCGGCGGUGGUUGUUUUAUUUAUCGCUUUGUCUGUGGAUUUUUCUGCCGCUCAGACGUAUGUCCUAGACGAUAAGUUUGGACUGGGCCGAGUUUUUGACGGAAUUGGGGGUCUGAGUGGUGGCGGGGCGACGUCCCGGUUACUGAUCAACUAUGCAGAGCCGUACCGCAGCCAGAUACUGGACUACCUUUUCAAACCAAACUUUGGAGCCUCUUUGCAAAUACUGAAGGUGGAGAUUGGAGGAGAUGCUCAAACUACUGAUGGAACAGAGCCGUCACACAUGCACUACGAGAAUGACGAGAACUACUUCCGGGGCUAUGAGUGGUGGCUGAUGAAAGAAGCCAAGAAGAGGAACCCAAACAUCACGCUCAUAGGUUUACCCUGGGCUUUUCCUGGUUGGGUGGGCCAUGGUAAGAACUGGCCCUAUGACUUCCCAGACAUCACUGCAGCGUACGUGGUGAACUGGAUCCUCGGUGCUAAGCAAUACCAUGACCUGGACAUUCAGUAUGUUGGGAUCUGGAAUGAGCGAAACUUCGACAGCAAGUACAUCAAGCUGCUGCGGUACACUCUGGAUAAAAAUGGUCUGGAGGGAGUCAGGAUCAUAGCCAGUGACAAUCUGUGGGAGCCCAUUGCCCUGUGUAUGCUGCUAGACCCUGAGCUCAGCACAGCUGUAGACGUGAUAGGGGCCCACUACCCAGGCACCAACACAGUGAUGGACGCCCUGAAGACAGAGAAGAAGCUGUGGUCGUCAGAGGACUACAGCACCUUCAAUGAUGAGGUUGGGGGAGGCUGCUGGGCUCGCAUCCUCAACCAGAACUACGUCAACGGACGCAUGACUGCCACCAUCUCCUGGAACCUGGUGGCCAGCUACUAUGAGGAGCUGCCCUUUGGCAGAGAUGGGCUGAUGACUGCUGAGGAGCCCUGGAGUGGCAACUAUGUUGUGGAAUCUCCUAUCUGGAUCACAGCCCACACCACACAGUUCACCCAGCCAGGAUGGACCUACCUGCAGACAGUCGGACCUCUGGCACAAGGGGGAAGUUAUGUUGCCCUCACCGACGGGAAGGGAAACCUCACUGUUGUCAUUGAAACCAUGACUCAUGAUCAUUCAGUCUGCAUAAGACCUCCACUCCUUCCGUUCAAUGUGACAUCCCAGAAUGCAACUUUCCAGCUGAAGGGAUCCUUUGCCUCCAUAAAGGAACUCCAAGUAUGGCGGUCACAGUUUAACUUCAAGACCAAAAAGCCCUCCUUCUUUGAGAAACUAACGCCACUGAAGCUUUUAGAUGGAUUGUUCACCUUAAAUCUGGGUGAGGACGAAGUUUACACAUUAACUACAAUUACAGCAGGACAGAAAGGCAGUUACCCAGACCCACCUCCUUCAGCUCGCUUCCCUAAAGUCUACAAGGAUGACUUUAAUGUUCGAAACCCACCCUUCUCUGAAGCUCCAGACUUUGCCGACCAGACAGGGGUGUUUGAGUACUACAUCAACCUGACCGACCCUGGACCUCACGUGUUCACCUUCCGACAAGUUCUGACUGAGAGACCUGUCACAUGGGUAGCAGACGCUGACCAGACCAUCAGCGUCAUAGGAGACUAUCAGUGGCAGAACCUGACGGUUACAUGCGAUGUCUUCAUGGAGAGUGUAAAGACUGGUGUUUUCAUAGCAGCUAGGGUGGACAAAGGAGGCCAGUCAGUCCGCAGCGCUAAGGGAGUCUUCUACUGGGUGUUUGCUGAUGGCACCUACAAAGUCACCAAUGAUCUUGCCGGUCAGACUGUUCUUGCAGAAGGUCAGUCUGGUACCCGAGCAUAUGGCUGGCACACCUUAUCACUCCACGUGAACGGCCAGACUGCGUCAGGGCUGCUGAAUGGCUACCCACUGUGGAAGAACGCUGUGGUACUGACUCCAGAGCAUGGCUGGGCUGCCAUAGGAACACAUUCAUUUCAGUUAGCUCAGUUUGACAACUUUGCUGUGGUGGCAGAAUAAUGACUGUGAAGUAAUGCAUUACACUAUACUGUUAAUAUUCUAAUUAAUUUAUGGACUAGAUGAAUGCAUUGAUUUAAUACUUCAUCUCUGAAUGUCGAUUUUUUGUUUUUCUCUUUAUAAAGAUUUAAAAGGUUUUACACAAGAAUUAAGGGAACAAGAGGGCACAUAAUGUAACCUAACAACUGCUGUUUGAGGUAAAUGGAAUUUUGCACAGUUUUAAUCCUUUUAUUCCAUUUUUAAUGGAAUAUAUGUGAAUUUCAGCUUUAUUCCAUUUUUAAUGGAAUAAAAGGAUUUUUUUUAUUAAACUGCUUUUAAUGUUUUAAAAGCAUUUGUAUAGUAAGGGACAACAUUUGUUUACCCCACUGGAGUGAGAAAAUAGGUAUAUGGAUAUCUGUGGAUGAAAUAACGUGUUUCCAGAUCACUGACUGUAUAUAAAGUUUAUGUUUAAAGUUAAUAAUAAAGGACUUGGAACCUG